UGAUAACGCUUCCCAAAACCUUUUAAUCUCCAGCGCCCCAGAGCCUGCGUUGAACCAAUCAUUGUCAAAUAACAAGAUGAACAGUCUAUGUCAUUGAUCAUGCAUGUAAACGAUUUUGCUUCUUGUCUUGUUCAUAUACUGUCGAGGCAUUAUUGGACCACACCGAAUCAAUCGACGGCGACCACUCAUCUGCAAGAAACAAUCGAACACCAUUAAUGGCCGAACGAGCUAUAUGUACGCGGUCGAAUAUAUAGGUGCCAGAAUUUGCUCCAAAUGUCGUCGGAGAAGAUGCCUCUGGUUAGCGCUGCAGCAGGUUGUCAAAGAGGCCCUGUCCCGUUCAAGGACGUGGCCGCGGUCGUCGCCGGCGACGACGGCGCGGCGGCCGCCAUGGCGCACCGGCCGCUGGCUGAUCCGGAGGAUGAAGACCACGACGAACUCAUCGCAACCCUACCGUGCAAGCCGCCGACGCCGCUAAUGAGAAGGAUGCGGCUGUACCGCGGCGGCUGGUUCCCGGAGAAAUGGCUCCCCGCGAUCAUGGCGUUCCGGCGGCGCUUCGAGGCGCGCGACGGCGACGUCGUCGUCGCCAGCCUCCCCAAGUGCGGCACCACGUGGCUCAAGGCCCUGGCCUUCGCCACCGCGGUGCGCGGCACGUACCCGCCGCCGCCGGUGGCCGGCAGCGACGACGAAGGCAACCGUCGUCACCCGCUCCUCCGCCUUAACCCGCACGAGUGCGUCCCGUUCUUGGAGAGUGUGUACUCCACCAUGGAGGAGGAGAGCAAGCUCGACGCGACGCCCUCCCCUCGGCUACUGAGCACGCACCUGCCAUACUCCGUCCUACCAGCCUCCAUCACCGACAGUUCCCGAUGUAAAAUCAUCUACGUCUGCAGGCAACCGAAGGACAUGCUAAUCUCCUUUUGGCAUUUCAUCAACCGUGACAAGUCGCGUGAUGUGUCAUCAUCAUACGUGUGGGAGUCUGUCCGCGAGUGUACAUAUUUUGGAAGCCCAAUUUGGGAUCACAUCCUUGGGUACUGGAACGCGAGCAAGGUGAAGCCAGAUAACGUGUUAAUCCUAAAGUAUGAAGACAUGAAGCGCAACCCCACCGAAAACGUCGAGAAGAUCGCAGAGUUCAUAGGCCAACCAUUCUCCAACAGCGAGAAGGAAGCCAGCAUCGUUGACAACAUUGUAGAGCUGUGCAGCUUUGAGAAGAUGAAGGCUCUAGGUGCGAGCAUGGCAGGGUCUCAAAAGGUAAUUUCCUCCGAGUUCCCCAAUGAUUCGUUCUUUAGGAAGGGUGCUAUUGGAGAUUGGGUGAACCACGUCACACCAGAGAUGGCUGAGAGUCUAGAUAAAUUUCUCUCCGAAAAAUUCGAUGGAUCAGGCUUCACUUUCAUGUGAGAACAAUUCUAUGAUCUCCCCCUUUAAUUACAGGGAAACAGGGUGCAAAGCAUUUGAAAGGGUAGCACCUGCACCACUCAUGAAUGAUUUGAAAUUAAUGCAAAUCACUAUGUGUUAUGUUAUAUUUGGGACACACAUUUCUUAUUCCUGAUGGUUACACAACAUGAGAAAUUGUGCUGUACUGGUGUAUGUACUCAAAGUCUGAAUGCUGUUACAGAAAUGUGUUAGAAUCAA